UCUAGUUAUCUUGCGCGCUGUGAUUGCGCAGGUUCGCAACAUUUCGAUCUUCAAUUUGAAUUCAAAAUCGGAUUAAAACGAUAAACUUGCAUUCGUGGCUGAAAAUAGAAUAAAUUUGCGACUUGAUAAUAUUACACGAUAUAAUUUCGACAAAGUCACUGCGACGUUAUGAGCGACGUGAAAAGCACGAAUCAUUAAGUGAACAAUGGAUCAUUAGAUCAUAAGAUAAUGGAUCAUCACAUUAAGCCUGGAUCAGUAGAUGAUAUUUUUCGAAUCUGUUGGGCUCGAAUUGCCCGAGCUCCGUGCAUCGAUCAAUUUUACACGAAGCAGAUGAACUAGUACAGAUUAUAAAUCACGAAUACUAAAGUGUGUAAUAAAUUAUGCACUAUUACCUAACGUGACCCACGAAUACGAUAUAUAUAUAUUAUCGACGAACUUAACACACGAACGCUCUGUAGAAAGCGAAACGUUUUUAUGAAUCUGACUUAUUCACGUAAAAGCUUGCGGUCAUGAAGCUCGGCCCUCUGUUCCAACCCUCUAAUGUCUACAAAGAGUCGUGGUACUUGUUUUUCUACAUGAAACUGUUAGGAUUAUACCCGAUCAGGUUCCACAGAUCUCCAUAUCUGAACCACAUAUGCGGAAUCAUAAUUCUGCUACCCUACUACUGUCUUUUCAGCAACGUGUUUCAUUACACGACACGAAAAAUGAAUCUCAUGAUGAUCAUAACCCCGGCAACUAAAAUACGUCAGCUCAGAUUCUACACGAACGUUGUUAUGUUGUUCGUCGUCGUGAUAUCGACCAGCCGCCGCUGCGACAAGACGCGAAAGGCGUUCGAGAAUCUGAACAGCGUCGACGAAAACAUGAAAUUCUUGAACGUUUACAUCGACUACAAUAGAUGCAUGAGAACCGACAUCGUUCAGAUCACGACCGUGGCGUUCGUCACGAUACUAUUCAACUUGAUGGAUUACUAUGGUCUAAGCGACAACAAUAGAAACUACAUGUACGUUCUGAUGUGGAUCGCGGAUCGAACGCCGGAUUUCGUUAAUACGAUCGUCUUAUGCUCCUUCGCCGUGCUGACACGCAAAAUCCAAUUCCGAUUUCGAAAAAUCAACGAGCUUCUAGACAGCAUCAAUGGCGGGAAAAAUUUCAUCUCUGUCAUCGGAUCGGACGUCAACAAUGAUUUCAGAUUGAUACUGUCAAAGGUGCUCCUUUUGAAGCUGUGGAAAACGGUGUCGCUGGUGAACAUGGUGUACGGAAUUUCGUUGAAAGUUUUAACGGCGUUGUACAUUUUAUACUUAUGUUUGCACAUAUGUGUCGUGUAUAAUUGCAGCGAUUAUAACCAGUAUCUGGUAGAUACAUUUCUGAGCGUACUUUGGGGUUCUUUAGACAUAGCGAAAUUGGUCUAUAUUAUCCAUUUGUACCGUAUUUUACUGAUACAGGUAGCGUAACUUCAAAAUACCAGGCUAAUUUGUUGGAACGUGGAUAAUUUGUCCACUCGACGUCGUCGAAUUUUUUCGUCACCAAUCGGACCUACGAAUUUGAUUUGAAAUGAAGAUAAAAGAAAAGAACUAUACUUUAAAUACAGAUAAAAAAGAAGUAUUUGAA